UCGAUCAAGACUUCAAGAGCGCCAAUGAUGGAGCCUUCGCAUUGCCUCUGUCUCCUUUUCCUGGCCUCCAUCCUCUUGGCCUCAUCGGCCGUCGUCACCGUGUCGGUGUCGCCGAAGGAGGCGACCACCCAGGAGAAGGCCUGGACGGCGAGGGCGCCGGCGGCGUUGCAGCCCGACGAGGCCUUCCUCGCCCACCUCUGCGAGCAGCAGCGCGGGGAGCACCUCCCGUCGUGCGAGCAGCUGCACGCCAGGCGCCGCAGCGGCGGCCACCACCUGCCGAUGCCGCCCCCCAGCCGCGACGGCGAGGAGAUCGACCCACGCUACGGCGUGUCCAAGCGGCUCGUGCCGAGCGGGCCCAACAGGCUGCACAACUGAUCGUAGAAGGGGCGCGCGCGGCCGUUAGUUUUUCUUGCUAGCUGCAUCUCGUAUCGUUUUUUCUUUCUCCAGAGGAUUCUUGCAUCGCUAGCUUUCUUAAUCAUCACUUGGAAAGGGUUGAUAAUGGAGGAUGAGGCACCUAUGCAACAUACUCGGAUCUUCAUUAUAUUACAGUUAGAUCCAAUCUUAGUACUAGCAUGCACUCUCAUUUUGUUGAUAAUUAAGAGGGGUAGAUUGGCUGCUUUCUUUUGCAGUGAAUGACUGAAUGUACCUUGUAUUACUUAUAUAC